UUCAUAACCAUUAACCAUAACCUUAAAAUAACAAAUUUCGAAAUAAAAAUAAUGUUUCUCAGAUUUUAAUUUUCAUUUGGAUCUUUCUACCAGGUUUUAAAAUGGCAGCGCUACUAAAGAAAAGAGCCCUGGCAGAAUAUAGCCAAACCAUUACACAGGAAUCGGCAACAAUACCAAUAAAAAAGUUAAAACUUGUGAAGAAACCGUUACCGGGAAUUAAUAACUCGCUUCCUACAGUCGUUAGUCAUUUGGAAGAUUGUAAGAGCACUAAUGAAGCUUUAAUACUUCUACUGAGUAUUCCUGAUAGACUUGAGGUGGAUGUUGCUGAUAUUCCGGAAGUUAUUAAAAAAUUAAGUGAACAUUUUAAAAAUGAAGCAGAAUCAGCUGUGCGAGUCAAAAUCCUAAUGAUACUGUCCGACAUAGGAAGAGAAAAUCCAGCCGAAUCUGCCAAUAUAAUCGAAGAAACUAUAAUGUUGAUAAAGAACGAUCAUUCCCAUAAAGUUUUGGCGCAAGGCAUGAAAACCAUUCUUAAAUUGGGAAAAUUAGUUACGGACACCGUCUCUGGUUUCCAUCAGAAAUUGGUUGAGGUCGCCAAGAAUUAUUUAAAGGAUGCGAAUCACGCAGUUAAAUGCAGAUGUCUGGAAAUUAUCGGCUCUUAUUCACCGCUCUGUACAGACCAAGACAAACUUUUUCACCAUAUCAGUUCAUAUUUCAAUAAUGACGACGCAAGAGUUAGAAGUCAGGCAUUCCAAACUAUUAUUUUGCUUUACGAUAGAGGCUUCAAAGUUAACCCGAGUAUUUACGUUUACGUAUCUGAUGCACUCAAAGACGAUUAUGAAGUGGUAAGGAGUGUUGCAUUGAAACUAAUAUGGAUUUUGGGAAACGCUUAUCCAGAUAAUGAAAUAGUAGUACCGGGUAGUGUAUUGGAAAUAAGAUUGAUAGAUGAUGCUUUUGGGAAAAUCUGCAACGGAGUGACAGAUUUAUCGAUGCAAGUGCGGACAUUGGCCGCGAAACUUUUGGGCACCAUGAAGUUGGUCAGUGUCAAAUUUUUGAACCAGACUCUGGAUAAAAAGCUGAUGUCAAAUAUGAGAAGAAAGAGAACGGCUCAUGAAUUGGCAUGGGAAAAUGUUACAAGCGGAGAAUGGGCUAGCGGCAAAAAGUGGGCAGAUGAUGCUCCAAAAGAACUUUUAGAUGCUGACAAUAUUAGUCUGAUGAGUAGUGGGGCUUGUGGGGCAUUUGUUCAUGGUUUAGAAGACGAAUAUUUAGAGGUCAGGUCUGCAGCUGUUGAAUCCCUAUGUCAAUUAUCGAUAAGUAACCCCCAGUUUUCCAAUAUGGCACUGGAUUUUAUGGUGGACAUGUUCAAUGAUGAAAUCGAAGAUGUAAGAUUAAAAGCCAUUGACAGUUUAAGAUUGAUAUCUGAACAUAUUAUUUUGAGAGAUGAUCAAUUGGAAACAAUAUUAGGUGCUCUUGAAGAUUUUUCUCAAGAAGUUCGUGAAGGCUUACACCGAAUGUUGGCUACAUGUAAAAUGUCCACCACUGUCGGUUUGAAGUUAUGUGUAGAAAAACUGUUGGAUAAUUUGAAGAAAUAUCCACAAGAUAAAAGAUCAACAUAUAGGUGUCUUCAAAAUAUAGGAAGCCAACAUCCGUUUUUAGUUGAGACAUUGGUUCCUCUUUUUUUGAAUAUUCAUCCGUUCCUUGAUAUGGCUGAACCAGAUGUUGAAAACCCGCAUUAUAUAUGCCUACUGAUCCUAAUCCUCAAUGCAGCCAAACAUUCUUUAACCAUCACUCCGAUUCUAGAGGCUCACACAUUGAGACAUUAUGCCUACUUGCGCGACACGAUGCCUCAAUUUGUACCGCUCCUAAAUUUAUCUGAUUCAAAUUGCAACAUUAUAUCGACACCGUUAUCUGUUCCCGAAAGCCUGGCAUUUCUCAAUAAUGUCAUUGCCAAUUUGGAUCAGGCCGAAAAUAUGACUAGAAUCCACAUAUCUUUGCUGCAAACUGCAAAAGAACAGUUAAAUCGCUUGAGCGAUAUGGAUCUUAUUGUUUCGGGUACUGCACAGUUUAUCGCUCUAUAUAUUGGAGCUCAGCUGCAAAUAUUACAGAUAUUGGAUGGAGGUUUUUGGGUUAAUCCAGCCACCCUUGCGACUCAACAACAAAACACACUAAAAACGAACAUUAAUACCUUACUGGAAUAUUGUCUCAAAUUGCAAUUUUUCUUCGUGGGCCUGAGCCCCGCCGAACAGUGUGCAGUCAAACAGUUCAGAUUGAGAGCUUUAGCCCUCAAUUUGGUUUACAUUGUAAAAGGUAGUAACGCCUCGGCACUGGCUCCUUGCCAUCAUUUCCUCACUGCCGUUGAAGAAAUGCAAAAAGAGCUGUCGCACAGCAACAUUCAGCCAGACGGUUUCACUUCGAUGGUUUUUAGAGAUUUAUCGCAGCUGGAAGAACCAAAACCAGGAGCCGUGGCGCGAGUUUUGAUACCGAUAUUGCUGGAAUCAAAAAUUGGUAGUAUACCUCGACCAAACAUUAAUAUUCGGAUGAGCUCAGCCCAAAUCAUUGAACCUUCCGGCCAAGCAGACACGUCCCUCAAAUUCACCGCAGGAUUAAUAAUGUCAGUACCGUUUGAAGCCGAACUUAAGUAUUUAAUAGACCCUAACAGGAUUCGGUUGAAAGUCAAAUAUCCCGACCAGAAGAUGCAAGUUAUCUUACCAAGACCUCAGCAUUUGAAACCGUUGCAUUAUGACACUUCUAACAAAGAAUCGCAAAUAGGUCACAAUAUCAGGCUUCUGAGUUCGGUACUGAUUUCGCACCAGGUAUGGUCUGAGGCUUGCAACGUCGACGUCAACGUGGCAAUUUGUAUUCCAGAAGCUGAUAUCGGCAAAAGGAAGUUUGGUCCCGACUCGACUCCUACCAUGCUCGAUCUGUGUCCGCCAGUAAAAGUCAGCAUUGCUCCAAAACCAAUUAAGAAGACUUUGUAAGAAAAAACAUUGUAAUUAGAAAUAAUUAUUAUAAAUUAAAUAUUAUUUGAAUAUUU